AUGCAGAUGCUUCUCAAGGCACUGCGUUUGUUGCCACAUUCCCUGCUUUGGGCGGGCCCUCCCUGCUCAAUGUUCAUAUUUCUUGGCUCCUCCCAACACCUUCGACACCUUUUUGGACCAGAAGGGGCGCCCUGGGACAGAGCUACAAGGCUUGCUAACAUCAUAGCUUGCAACAUGGUGACCUUGCUCUUCAUCAUCAAAGAGGUUCGCAAUCCGUGGGUUGUGAUUGAGCAGCCGAAGGGAAGCUGGAUGCUAAAACUUCCUCCUGUGGUCCAGUUGAAGAAUGCACUGGGGAUGAUGCGGGUUCUCACCUACCAGUGCUUUUGGGGUCAUCAACUGGAGAAGGCUACGUGGUUGCUUGGCGAUCUUCCUACACUCAAUUCUUUGCAACGGACCUUGACAAUGGAGAAACGUCAUAAAUACUCGGAGAAGCGAAACAACAAGAAAUAUGAACCAAUGUAUGUGAAGGGUGAAGACGGCACUGUGCACGGUUUACCAGCUCUUGCGAAGAGCGCAGUGUAUCCAAAACGUUUUUGCAACGCUAUUGCCAAAGCCUGGGAAAAGGCCAGGUCUGCUGCGUACGUUCCGACAAUGGCGGAGAGAUGUGCGCACAAGCGCAAGGCAGACGAUCAAGACAAUUGA